CCUGCUCUCACAGCUUUGCCCUGCCGCCCGCUCACUCUCGCGUUUUUUCCGAGGUGCUACAGUCCUGGACUGAAGGCGGAGGGGGGAGGUUGAGUAGGUGGGCUCUGCCUGUGCAGAGCCGAGGCCGGUUUGUCCCGGCCACGGCUUAGUACUUUGCGGGUUCUCUCAGGUCGUCCUGACCGUUCUUCCCAACGGUUGAUUGGGAACAAUCGUUAAAGGCUUUUUUUUUUUUUUCUCCCUCACUUGCUCCGCCCUCUUCCGGUUCGGCCUCUAGUGGCCUCUAAGGGGAAGGGAAGAUGGCGGGGCUGUGCGAGAGCGCCGUGCGCACGCGCGAGCCCGAGUGCGCUCUUGUGCGUGCACGCGCAUGCGCGCGCUCCUGCGUUUAAGAAGCCGGAGUGUUGGGAGAUGAGCCGGGCAGUCAGUCAUCUGCGGGUGGUAGCGGACCGACUGUGCACCGACUCCCCACCUACCCUCGUCUGCCUUCUCCCUCAGCCUCCAUUCGUUCACUACAGGACCAGGCACCAAAGUUAAAACAAAAUGAAGAUUUUUUCUGAAUCUCAUAAAACAGUCUUUGUUGUGGAUCACUGCCCAUACAUGGCAGAAUCAUGUCGGCAGCAUGUGGAGUUUGAUAUGCUGGUGAAGAAUAGGACCCAAGGCAUCAUCCCUUUGGCCCCCAUCUCCAAAUCCUUGUGGACUUGCUCAGUAGAAUCGUCCAUGGAAUAUUGUAGAAUAAUGUAUGACAUAUUUCCUUUCAAAAAACUGGUUAAUUUCAUUGUGAGUGACUCGGGAGCACAUGUUUUAAAUUCAUGGACUCAAGAAGACCAAAACUUACAGGAGUUAGAUGAAGAAAAGGGCCAGAAGAGCUUGACCAGGGUCACACAGCUAAUGGCAGCACUAGCCACUGUGGGGCCUCCUAACCCUCGGGCAGAUCCAGAAUGCUGCAGCAUUCUGCAUGGUCUUGUUGCAGCAGUGGAAACCCUUUGCAAAAUUACCGAAUACCAACAUGAGGCUCGCACUUUACUCAUGGAGAAUGCAGAAAGAGUUGGGAAUAGAGGACGGAUAAUCUGCAUUACAAAUGCAAAAAGUGAUAGUCAUGUACGAAUGCUUGAAGACUGUGUCCAGGAAACAAUUCAUGAGCAUAACAAGCUUGCUGCAAAUUCAGAUCAUCUCAUGCAGAUUCAAAAAUGUGAGCUGGUCUUGAUUCACACCUACCCAGUUGGUGAAGAUAGCCUUGUGUCUGAUCGUCCUAAAAAAGAAUUGUCCCCAGUUUUGACCAGUGAAGUCCACAGUGUCCGAGCUGGGCGGCAUCUUGCUACCAAGUUGAAUGUUCUAGUACAGCAGCAUUUUGACUUGGCUUCAACAACCAUCACAAACAUUCCUAUGAAGGAAGAGCAGCAUGCCAACACAUCCGCCAACUAUGACGUGGAGCUACUUCAUCACAAAGAUGCACAUGUAGAUUUCCUGAGAAGUGGUGACAGCCACUCAGGGGGCAGCAGCAGAGAAGGGACAUUUAAAGAGACAGUAACCCUGAAGUGGUGCACACCCAGGACCAACAGCAUUGAAUUACACUAUUGCACUGGAGCUUACCGAAUUUCACCUGUUGAUGUAAAUAGUAGACCUUCUUCCUGCCUCACUAAUUUUCUCCUCAAUGGUCGAUCUGUGUUGCUGGAGCAGCCACGAAAGUCAGGUUCCAAAGUCAUCAGUCACAUGCUUAGCAGCCAUGGAGGAGAGAUCUUUUUGCAUGUCCUUAGCAGUUCUAGAUCCAUUCUAGAAGAUCCACCUUCAAUUAGUGAGGGCUGUGGAGGAAGAGUUACAGACUACCGGAUUACAGAUUUUGGUGAAUUUAUGAGGGAAAACAGGUUAACUCCUUUUCUAGACCCCAGAUAUAAAAUUGACGCAAGUCUAGAGACACCGUUGGAACGUGCAAAGGAUCAGUUAGAAAAGCACACCCGCUACUGGCCCAUGAUUAUUUCACAAACCACUAUUUUCAACAUGCAAGCGGUAGUUCCAUUAGCUGGUGUCAUUGUGAAAGAGUCUUUGACAGAAGAGGAUGUGUUAAACUGUCAAAAAACUAUAUACAACUUAGUUGAUAUGGAAAGGAAGAAUGAUCCUCUUCCUGUUUCUACAGUUGGUACCAGAGGAAAGGGACCUAAAAGAGAUGAACAGUACCGGAUCAUGUGGAAUGAACUAGAGACUCUUGUCAGAGCCCAUAUCAGCAACUCUGAGAAGCAUCAGAGAGUCCUGGAGUGUCUGAUGGCAUGUAGGAGCAAACCCCCAGAAGAGGAAGAGCGGAAGAAGCGAGGGAGGAAAAGGGAGGACAGGGAGGACAAGUCGGAACAAGCGGGGAAGGAGCACGGCAUGGAAAAGCCCCGGCCGGACGCAGACAGACUGAAAGGGAUUUUAGAACGAGGGAAAGAGGAGUUGGCUGAAGCAGAGGUCAUAAAGGACUCACCUGAUUCUCCAGAACCUCCAAACAAAAAGCCCCUUGUUGAAAUGGAUGAGACACAGCACAUGGAAAAGUCUAAAGGGCCAGUGUCCUUAUUAUCCUUGUGGAGUAACAGAAUAAACACUGCCAAUUCCAGAAAGCACCAGGAGUUUGCUGGGCGUUUGAACUCUGUCAAUAACAGAGCAGAGCUAUAUCAACACCUUAAGGAGGAAAAUGGUGAGGAGGUUGGACUGACUGGAGGACCCCGAACUUCAAUCCCUUUCUUAAAGUGCCCACGUUCUCCUGUUGUGAAUAGGAUGGAGACAACAGAAAAUGGGAAAGCCAGCCGCCAGUGAAGAAUGACUUGAGAAACUCAAUUUAGUAUAUUGCGAAAAAUAUUUUGGGCAGAAUUUGAUAUAAGUACUUUUACAGCAAGAUUGUAUAGCUAUGUUGCCUGGACUGGUUUUUACAUUUUUAAAGAAUUUCAGCAAAUUAUCUUUUUUGUACUAAUUCUGAGAUUGGCAGAGUCAAAAUAUAUACAUUGGAGAUUUGUCCUCCUAGACCACACAGUUUAUUUUAUGGUAAAAGGUGUUCCGUCUGGAAAUGUUUUUUAAAAAAUUCUUAGGCUUCUCUUUGCCAAAUAAAACUAUUAAAAUGUUUAAAAUGCAAA